GGUAUGGAUAUUAACUAUUAAUAGAUAUUAUAUUAUGACGACAUACAGGGAAGUUUUUAAAUAGAAACGCCAAGUACACACAAACCUUCUAAUAUCAGCUACACGGUUAGACAUAGUCCAGCAUCAUACCUGAGAUACAGGUGUAGACUAGAACGAAGAAAACGAAAAGAUCAAACAAAAUAUUAUAAAGUGAAGUUAACAUUGAUGUUGAAAGAAUAGUUAUACUGUAUUAGAAAAACUCUAGCAAAAUGCCAUGUGUAAAGGGGAAACUUCCUGAUGACCAAUAUGACACGAUAAUGGCGGAUUUUGUUAAUCUAAUACCGGACAUUAAAGAUGACCAUGUUGGUCUUGCUAGUUCAUUGUUUGAAAAAGGUGUCUUCAAUGAUAAUGAUUUAGAGGCAAUAGCGAGAGAAGAGCAACAUGCAUUCGGUUGUAAAAGCAACGCUGCUGCUAAACUGUUGGACAUCCUUUUAUACUCUGGUGACCACGCUUAUGGAAAAUUUAUCGCUGUAUUAAAUGAAAAUGGUUAUUCCGAAACUGUUGGACGAUUAGAAUCGGACAAUGAAACAAAGGAUGGGAAACACACAGUGGGAAAAGGGAGACUACCCGAUGACAUGUACAACACGAUCCGUGGCAAUAAAACCUUCCUCACGAACGAAAUUAAAAACAGUUAUAGUGAUGUGAUGAAUAGUUUGUAUAGUUAUAAAGCCAUCAGUGAUGAUGAUGUGAAACAAAUCAAGAGAGCAGAGAUGGGUCUAGUCGGUAGUAAAAAAUCAGCCACCAGGAAAAUGUUGAAAAUUCUUUUAAACAGUGGUGAAAGAGGGUAUUCGAAAUUCCUUAAAGUACUGUAUACAAGCAAAUGUUCCAAUGCUCUGUCCAGAUUGGAACCAGGUUACGCAGAUGAGUAUGAAGAAAUAGAUCCAGACGAUUUUUUACCGUGUGACGUGGAUGGUGUGACAGGAUGUGAUAUUGAAUUUGUAAAAGACAAAAUGAGAACUGGAGAUGUGUAUCCCAUGAAGAAAGAAAAACGGGGAAUAUGUUUGAUCAUAAACAACCAUUUUUACCCCGACACUUCAAGCAACUAUCGUAAGGGCACGGAUAUAGAUGCCGAGGCGGUAUCUGCCCUAUUCAAGGACCUGAAGUUUGAUGUCAGAGAAGGAAAAAAAGAGGACCUGAAAGCUUCGGAAAUACACGAAAAGCUUAAAUCAUACAGCCAAGAAAUUAAUAAUUCAGAUGAAACGCACGAUUGUUUUAUUCUGUUUAUUUUGAGUCAUGGUAAAGAAGGCAGUGUAAAAGGAAGGGAUGGAGAGUUUGUGGACAUAACUGAUAUCAUAGACUAUUUUGGUUCUGACAAAUGCCCGAAGUUAAAAGACAAACCAAAAUUGUUCUUCAUACAAGCGUGCCAGGGAACUCGUAGAGAAUACUUGCAAGUAGAUGGUGGUGUAGACGAAGAAGUGCAGACUGCUACUGUGGAAUCUAAUGAAGACUACUAUCUGGCAAUAGCCACAUCUCCAGGUUUUGUUUCGUAUCGACACACGAUCCGUGGUUCCUGGUUUGUGCAAGCAAUUGUAGCUGUAUUUAACACAUGUGCAUGUAAAGAAUCUUUCCAGAAGAUGAUGGAGCAGAUUGCAAAAAAAAUGAUAGAAGUUGGGAGCAAGAAAGAAGUAUAUGAAAUGAAACUGGUAAAAGAGAGAAAGGGACGUAAAACACUAAAACAAAUGGUAAAUAUAGCCACCCCAUGGCACGAUAACAAACUGAAGAAGGAUUUAUACUUUUUUCCAAAAAGUGGAACUGACUGUGUUCCUGAGUGAAUUUCCGUAAAAAAAAUCGGAAUUUUAUAUUCCAUUAAAUGCAUGUAAUUUUAUUUGAUACAGCAGACGACAUAAUAAUAAUAAUAAUAAUAAUAAUCAUUUUGUAUAGCGCUGAGUGCUCCAGCUAACAGCUGCUCCGCGGCGCUUUUCACAAUUAAAAUAUUACAUAUAAUAUAAAACAAAUAGUUCUAAAACAUUAAAAUGUCGACAUGUUCAUAGUUUAAAAGCACGUUUAAAAAGUUCGGUUUUAAGAUUUUUUUUAAAAACAGCAACGUUAGUAGAGUCUUUUACAUGUCUAGGUAAUUCAUUCACCAGUUUUAGUUUUUACUGUAGGAACAUGAAGUAAGUUUUUAUCAGCAGAGCGUAGGUUCCUGCUUGGUUUAUACGGGGUUAAAAGUUCAUUAAGAUAUUGUGGGGAACAGUUAUUAUUUAGACAAUUAAAAGUUAAAAGACCGAUCUUUAAAAUUAAUUCGUUGAUAAACAAAGAAUAGCGUUGAUCUCACUACUGUAACAGCCUCGGGUAUCAAUCAAAAACUUAUUAAUAAAUUACAGCUAGUACAAAACACUGCAGCUAGGAUUGUUUAUCAGUCUAUUAGAAACCAUCAUUUUUGUUAAUUUAUUUUUCAUUUUGUAGAAUAAUGUUUAAUUUUGUAGAAUUAUUUUUUUUACUUUUGUAGAAUGAUUUUUUAAUUUUGUAGAAUUAUUUUUUAAUUUUGUAGAAUGAUUUUUUACUUUUGUAGAAAGAUUUUUUAAUUUUGUA